ACGGUCACUCUAAGUUACAAAUUACCGCGAGAUGUGCUAAACAAUUUAAUUUUUUUUAUGUUUUUAAGCAUAUACAACGGCAUAAACUCAUUGAUAUAUAUGUAAUUUCACAAUGGAUUUGGAGAACAACAACAAUACGCCAUUGACCGGCAAAGAAACCGAAAAAUGUGCGGAAAAGCGAAAAUGUGUAAUAACAUUAGAUGAAAAGCAAGGGGAAUCCAAAAGACUGAAAAAGGAGGAAUCAAAUGUGGAGGCCACAAGCCGUCCACCUGCUCAGAGUCCCAAAAAACGGCUCCAUCUAAACGGAAAGCCCACGCAAAAUAAGGAUCUUAACUUCACGUACGGCAAUUAUAAGCACUACUACGGCAAGCGCAUCCUGAACAAGGAUUUUCACGACAUACGCCUAGACGUGCUUGGCACGCAACCGGAUUUGUUUCGGAACAAGCAGCUGCUUGACAUCGGCUGCAACUCUGGCCACCUGUCCAUCCAGAUUGCCAGGAAAUUCGAGGUGAAGAGCCUCGUGGGCGUGGACAUAGAUCGUAGCCUGAUAAAUGAUGCCCAAAGAACCGUCAGUCACCUGAAACGUCAGGCCACCCCGAUGCAGGGGAUACCCCAAAUACAAUUUGUGCACGGGAACUAUGUCCUGGAGGACGAUGUCCUGCUCGAUAUUGAGAGGCCGCAGUUCGACGUCAUACUCUGCCUGUCUGUCACUAAGUGGAUCCACCUUAAUUUCUGUGAUUCCGGCCUGAAGCAGGCCUUCAGACGCAUGUACCUGCAGCUGCGCCCGGGCGGCAAGCUGAUCCUGGAACCUCAGUCCUUUGACGGCUACAAGAGGCGCAAGAAGCUAUCGGAACAAAUCAGAGAUAACUACAAUGCAAUUAAAUUCCGACCUGAGCAUUUCACCGAGUAUCUGCUUGGCCCGGAAGUGGGCUUUGCCGAAAUGAAACUUAUGGGCAUACCGGAGCACUGCAAGGAGGGAUUCAAGCGUCCGAUCCAAAUUUUUACAAAGUCGUAGGAAAUAAAAAGAAAAUCAAGAAAUGAAAA